AACUUAGAGCCAGAUGACAGGCCUACAACAGAGAUGGUUAGCUGUUUCAGAAGUCUAUUGCAAAAGAUGAAUUUAAAAUGAACGUUGCCGAUGCUAUGAAUCUCUUUGCUAAGCGGACAAACUUUUAUGUGGACUAAGCAUGAAGCCAAUUGAAUACAUUCCAUUACUACAAAUGCUCUUUUUGGCAUUAACAUACAGCACUGAAAACCUCCAAAAAGGUCCACGGAUCAUCACUCCCCUGGAAACAGUGGAUGUAGAAAUGGAGCAAAAUGCUACAUUUGUUUGUGAGGUAAAUUCACAACCUCUUGCAGAAAUCACUUGGACCCGCAAUAAUUUUCCAGUCCAGUCUUUCAACAGACGAUACAUUGCAAGAGAAAAUGGCCAAAUGUUAAUAAUUCCUAAUGUUAAAGAUACAGACAAUGGGGAGUAUUGCUGCCUUGUUGACAAUGGAAUAUCAGAGUCUGCUAAAAGCUGUGGAGCUUUGCAAGUCAAAAUGAGGCCUCAGAUCAAACGACACCCCUCAAAUGUUACAUUGCUAAAUGGCUCAAAGGCAGUUCUUCUUUGUGGAGCAGUGGGGAAUCCGAAACCAGAUGUUUCCUGGCUAAGAGAUGAAGUUUUGAUCAAGGUUAAUGAUCGUAUUUCCAUUCUUGAUACCGGAACUUUAAAAAUCCAUGAUAUUCAAAAAGAUGAUGCAGGGAGGUACCGCUGUGUCACGAAAAACAGCUUAGGCAUGGAAUACUCUAGACCUGUUACAGUAGAAGUUCAAGUUCCCUCUAGAAUACAGAAGAUUUCAAUGAAUAAAAGAGUUGCAUUUGGCUCUGAAAUUACCUUGGAGUGUAAUGCAUCUGGUGAUCCAAUUCCUGCUAUCACGUGGCUGGAAAAUGGUAACUCUAUUUCUGCUGCCUCAGUGGAGGAAAUCAUUGUUGGUGAUGCUAUUAAUUCUACGCUUAGAGUUGUUGUUAAUAAACCUGCCUUAUAUACCUGUUUGGCAACCAACAAGCACAUCGGAGGAAUAACUAAAGCAAAAGCCACAGUGAAGGUUUCCAUUUCUGAAUGGAGGCUUUACAAAAGUAAUUUAGGUUAUUGUGGCACAUACCAGGGUAAUGUGUGCAAAGGAUCAUUACCAAAAGAUGCUCUUGUCUUUUAUAACUCUUCAAAUGAGGACCCAGAGGAAGCCCAAGAAUUUCUUGCACAGAGUGUUUGGGCUCAGUUAGAUGCAGUGAAUCCUUUUUGUCGUCCUGCUGCCGAGUCCUUACUUUGCCAUUUUAUAUUCCGAGAUUGCAAUCCAACUGGUUUGGGGCCAGCUCCUAAACCAGUGUGCAGAGAACACUGUUUGGCUGUGAAAGAUCUGUAUUGCUACAAGGACUGGCUUUCCAUGGAGGAUAACUCACAGAAGGGCAUUUACUCAUCUGGGUUUAAACUUAAGCUGCCUGAUUGUAAUCAGCUGCCAAGUAUAAAUAACAACCUUACAACCUGCACUCGAAUUCCUUACAUAGAAAUGAAAAAAGAUAAAAUCACUAAGACAUGUUACAAUGAAAAAGGAAGAUUUUAUCAAGGAAUGGUCAAUGUCACAGCUACUGGGAUUCCAUGCCAAAACUGGAGUAAAAAAGUUCCUCAUUUUCAUAGACUGUCACCAGAUAAUAUCCCAGAACUUAAAAACUCAGAAAACUAUUGUCGCAACCCUGGAGGAGAGAGUGAAAGACCUUGGUGCUACACAACAGACCAUUCAGUCAGAUGGGAGUACUGUAAUAUUCCUCGAUGUGGUGAAUUUUCAGUUCCUGUGUCCACAUUACCAAAGCAUGCAACUCCAAACCUUCCAUCCUCAGUUUCUCCUGCUUACUCCAUGACUGUAAUUAUAUCAAUAAUAUCUGGCUUUGCGGCUGCAGUAUUCCUUAUCAUAUGUGCACUUGUAUGUCACCGCAGACAAAAGGCCUGGAAGAACAGAAAAAGGGAGAUGGAAACCCCGACAUUAACCACACUACCUUCAGAACUGCUGCUGGAUCGUCUUCAUCCCAAUCCCAUGUACCAGCGUAUACCUCUCCUUCUCAACUCCAAACUACUUAGUCUAGAGUAUCCCAGAAAUAACAUUGAAUAUGUGAGAGACAUCGGUGAAGGGGCAUUUGGAAGGGUGUUCCAGGCAAGAGCUCCUGGAUUACUUGUUUAUGAACCCUUCACUAUGGUGGCUGUGAAAAUGCUAAAGGAGGAAGCUUCAGCUGACAUGCAGGCAGAUUUCCAAAGAGAAGCUGCUCUGAUGGCAGAGUUUGAUCACCCCAACAUUGUGAAACUUUUAGGCGUGUGUGCUGUUGGGAAACCAAUGUGUCUACUGUUUGAAUAUAUGGCUCAUGGAGACCUGAAUGAAUACCUGCGAAGACGUUCACCAGGCCAGAUGCACAUCCUCAGUCAGUGCAAUCUCUCUAGAAAGAGUUUGAUAUCUGAAUCAGAAUCAGGUUCCCUUACCUGUGUGGACCAACUGUACAUCUCAAAACAAGUGGCAGCAGGCAUGGCUUACCUGUCAGAGCGAAAGUUUGUGCACAGAGAUUUGGCCACAAGAAAUUGUUUGGUAAGCGAAAAUCUGGUGGUAAAAAUAGCUGAUUUUGGACUCUCCAGAAACAUAUACUCUGCUGAUUAUUAUAAAGCCAACGAAAAUGAUGCCAUUCCUAUCCGAUGGAUGCCUCCAGAGUCUAUAUUUUAUAACCGUUACACCACAGAGUCUGAUGUUUGGGCUUAUGGGGUUGUAUUAUGGGAAAUAUUUUCAUUUGGUUUACAGCCAUAUUAUGGAAUGGCCCAUGAAGAAGUCAUCUAUUAUGUCAGGGAUGGCAAUAUCCUUUCAUGUCCUGAACAUUGUCCACUGGAGCUUUACAAUCUAAUGCGCCUCUGCUGGAGCAGUCAUCCUACUGACAGACCCAGCUUUGCCAGCAUUCAUAGAAUUUUGGAGCGAAUGCACGAGCAGACAAUACGUGCCAGUGUAGCCUGAAGCAAAGUUGUGUUAAUGUAUACUUUGAGUUUCAUAAUGCUGUGCCAAGAAAUAAUACCUUAUUAAGACAUAAAUGACUUGGGUAUACAGUAUUACUAGAUGGGCAAUAAAUGCUUGGAACAUGUGCCUAAUAUGGAAAACAAGCAUUUGUCCUGGUCUGUUUGUGGUGUCGAAUGCCUUCUUGAGAAUUUACAUUUCUGGUUCCUUUUUGUGCAAACUAAACAAUAAUAUAAAUAACUGACACUAAUGGCAUUUGCACAAAACCUCAUUUGAAUAAAAAAAGUUGGAAUAUAACACAUGUAGCGCAACAUUUGCAGAAAAAACAUUACCAUUUUAAAUUGCCAGUUUAAGAUAUUUAACCUAAACAUAUUACAAUCAGUUUUAAAUCUAUGAAAACGUAUCACCCUGUUAUAACGUAACACAAGUGACAUGUGGCAAAGAAACCGUGCCCCAUCUUCAAGUAAACGGCACAAAGAAAGGUUAAAGAAAAAGGUUGGACCUGCAGGUGUGGUUUACACUGCAAAGAAUUGUUUUCCAAAUGAGCAAAGCAUUUUUAAAAAGUAUGAGGAGAGUAUCAUGGGACUUUGAAAAUGUAAUGCACGUAGAUAUUACAUCAAAAAGAAACACCAAGCAUAAAUAAAACGACUAUCCUGAAAAAUGAGAAUUCUUUUGAAAGAAGAUUUUCUCCUUGUUAGCUUGAAUUGGGUUUGACAUUGUUAUAUAUUUUUCUGUCAACAAGUAUAUAAGAAUU